AUGAAUACAGCCUUGUACGAAACAGCAUAUUUUACUGAUACUUGUUCACCAAAAUGUUCUGGAUGUGAUGGAUUUUGUUCUCUAGCUGGGUUACGUCCUUUUUGCACAAAGAAAUCCAGGUGUCGUCACCCUUGUGGAGAACAUACUAAUAAAUGUGGAGGUGGUGGAUGUUGUGGAAGUGGUUGUCGAGGAGGAUGUGGGAAACCUGGCCAGCUAUGCUUGCCUUUAAGAUCCUGCCCCAAUCCACCCUGUCAAUCUCUUAGAAAUUCAGGAAAAUCUACAUGUUUACCACCUACAUCCAAUGCACAUCAACCACCAUGUUGCAAGAUACCUCAAAUAAUGGGAAUUUCAGGAAACAGGUCUGGAAAAAGUAGCCCACGGUAA